UCUAGCUUAAACAAAGUUACAAAGUAACAAAAUUUUAAAAAAAAUUAAAAAAUAUUAUAUAAAAAGCAAGAUGGAUAAUUCCAAAAUGCUAGCAGGAGCUACAUGCUUGUUAUUUUUGUUACUAUUAAUAACAAAAGCACAAGGUGUAAAAAGAUUUGAUGUGAAAAAAUAUGGAGCAAAAGCAGAUGGCAAAACAGAUGAUAGUGAGGCUAUAAAAAGUGCAUGGAAGGAUGCAUGUGAAUCAAAAUUGGCGAGCACAGUUGUGAUAGGCAAAGGAAAAUACAUGGUUGGUCCUCUGAAAUUUAAAGGACCUUGCAAAAAUCCAAUUACAAUUCAAGUUCAUGGCAACAUCAAGGCCCCUGUGGAUAUUGAAAGAUUCGUGUCACAAGAUGGUUGGAUCGUUUUCAAAAAUAUAAAUGGUUUACAGGUUUUAGGAAGUGGUUCGUUUGAUGGUCAAGGUUCGAUUCAUUGGUCCAAAACUAAUUGCGUCAAGAAAGGAAAAUGCAGUUCCCUACCAAGUAAUAUACGAUUCACAAAACUCAGUAACACAAAAAUCCAAGACAUAACCUCACUAAACAGCAAACUAUACCACAUGACUGUUCUGAAUUGUAACAACAUAACUCUUGAGAAUGUUGUGAUCAAUGCACCGGAGAAAAGCUUGAACACGGACGGAAUUCACAUCGGACGAUCCAACGAGGUGAAGAUUAUCGGUGCGAAAAUAAAAACCGGGGACGAAUGUGUCUCAAUUGGAGAAGGUAGCCAACAAGUAGCUAUUGAGAAAGUGCAUUGCGGACCAGGCCACGGCAUUAGUAUCGGAAGUCUCGGAAGAUACCACGACGAACAGCCGGUUAACGGAGUUAAAGUGAAAAAUUGUACUCUUACGAACACAUCAAAUGGUCUCAGAAUUAAGACAUGGCCGGCUUCUCCCACCGGUAUCGCCUCCAAUUUGCAUUUUGAAGACAUUAUUAUGGACAAUGUCAGCAAUCCGGUUCAUAUUGAUCAACAAUAUUGCCCUUACAAUAAAUGUCAAGCAAAGAUUCCUUCAAGGGUGAAGAUUCACAGUGUGAGCUUCAAGAAUAUUAGAGGAACAUCAGCUACAAAAUUGGCAGUGAAGCUGAAUUGUAGCAAGGGAAUGCCAUGUCAGAAUGUGUCAAUUGGAAACAUUAAUUUGAAAUACAGUGUCAAUGGGAAACAACAAGGAAAAUCCACGUCAGAAUGUGUAAAUGUAAAGCCUAGGAUUAUUGGAAAAAUGGUUCCACCUGGCUGUGCCAAGUCAGCAUAGAUAGUUAAUUUACUGUUUUUAUUUUGCAAAGAAAUGUUUUUAUUUUAUUUUCCGGGGGUAUAUAUAUCCAUAAGGGCUAUAUACAAUAAAAAUAAAAUAAGUAUUCUUUCACCAA